AUGUCUCAAGACUCAAGUAUUAAUGAUUCUUCUCUAAUGUUGGACGAUUCUAUAUCUUUCUCAAACCGUUUUGAUUUUGAGGAAACUAUAAGGCAAAUCCAAGAACAAAGCAAGAAAGUCAGCAACCACUUGAAUCAAUAUUCUAAAUAUCUUGCUCCGAGCCCUAAAGUUGAAAAAGAACAACAAAGUAUCAAACCCACUACAACAACAUCAAAUAAGCAAAGCUCUCCUACAGCUAAUUACUAUACCUCAGUCCCAACAACCACAACAACAAGGCCUCCAUCGGUAAAUUCAGUCUCUAUGGAAGCAAAACAAAGUAUAACAUCAGGAUCGGGGAGCAAUUCUCUCCACAACCCUACUAAGAGUGUCCAAUCUGUGGCCACGCCUCUAACCUCUAAAUAUUCUCCGUCUGACCCCAUUGAGGCUUUGAUGAGGGAUUUUCGAAAUGAAGUUAAGGACAUUGAUAACUGUAUUCAUCACUCAAAUGAUACUCCAGAGAGUUACAAAUACGACUCUCUUUAUAAAGACGAAGAGACAGAUGGAUAUGAAGAGGAACCUGAAUACUCUCUGUACAAUACCUCCACUCCUAUCAAUGAAUCAGUUAAAAAAUCUAACAGAUUAGUUACUGAAUCAAUGUCAAAAUUUAAAAGAAUGAACGAACAUGAUUCUCAACCAAUUUUACCUAACAAGCCACCUACAUCAUCACAUCGUUUGGGAGCUCACAAUGAUAGUGUUUUUUCUCCAAUUUUGAAUAGCUCUUCCAAGACUUCACAUACCUCUUCGCCAAUGAUUACCUUCUCCACGGCAGAGAAGAGUAGAGUUACUGAUCCAGAUAUCAUGUUUACUCCUCAACAUUUAGGAGGAAGUGGAUUAUUUUCAAGUAGCAAUAUCACUAAUCAAGAAAAACAAAAACAAAUUGUACCACAACAAUCAAACCAAGCAUCAUCAAACACUGAAAUGUUGCUUAGAAUUGAGAAUAUUCAGCUUAAAGAUGAAAUAUCCAAAUUGAACUCUACUGUGGUAUCUCUACAAAGUAGAAUGGAAGGAAUGGAAAAGAGUAUGAAACAAUUAUUCGAUUUGUUAACUCAUCAAAAUAAAUAA